AUGCCUGCCAGCCAGAUCCAGAUCGCCUCGCCUCUACCUAUUUCUCCUCAACGGAGGAAUCUGCGCCUGAUGACGGACCAGGAUCUCUACACAAGUUUGAACGCGACUCUCGCCUCGACCACCCACCGCCCGGUGACGCCUGUACAUAUGAUUCAAGAGAACGACUACAGCGUGCCGGCGCCUCCUCCACCAAGCCCGGUAUCAUUCGCUACAGACCACUGGCAGUCAUCGAUCCGCCGAUGA